UCACCUCCAUUUCUCUUGUAGCCGCUAAUAUCUCGCAAAGAUUAUCCCGAGAAAAUUAGCAUUCUCAUCCUCUCUCUUUGUUUUUGUUCCUCCUCAAUUCCCGGGAAUCUUUCAGGGAAUAAUAGCUUUUGUUGCCGAUUUUCAGAUUUGGAAACUAUCCAAAUAAACUUGUCCCGAACGUUCAUCGUGGGGAAUUUCGGGUCGGGUGGGGUCAUAAAAGGCGGGGUUCACGGCGGUGAUAGAUUCACCUUCUUCUGCUUCUUCUGAGGGGGUUUGCCCCGAGGCUCUUUUGCCUCGGCGGAUUUCAAUAUCCCCCCAACCAAUCUUCUUCACAAAUUCAUUUUCUCUUUUUUUUUUUAGAUUCAAAAUUUAUUUGAUUCCCCAUUUUCAUUUUCCCUUUCGGAGAUUCGUUUAUUAAUAAUUGUGAAGGAAGAAGAAGAAGAAGAAGAAGAAGAUGCCUGCUCUCGCUCUCCUUGAUACUCCCGUCGACGCCUUCUCCGUCGACUGCUCCGGCGUCUUCAUCCCCCCGUCUCCAAACUCCUCCGUCGACUGGUCCCCGUCCCUCUCCUCCUCCCUCUACCGAAUCGACGGAUGGGGCGCUCCCUAUUUCACCACCAACCCCUCCGGCAACAUCUCCGUCCGUCCCCACGGCUCCAACACCAUGCCUCACCAACACAUCGAUCUCAUGAAAGUCGUUAAGAAAGCCACAGAUCCCAGAUCUUCCGGUGGUUUAGCUCUACACCUUCCUCUCAUCGUCCGCUUCCCCGACGUCCUCAAGAACCGCCUCGACUCUCUCCAAUCCGCGUUUGAACUCGCGAUCCGGACGCAAGGGUACGAGUCUCGUUACCAAGGUGUGUAUCCGGUUAAGUGUAACCAAGACCGGUUCAUUAUUGAAGAUAUCGUCGAGUUCGGUUCGAGUUUCCGGUUUGGUUUAGAAGCCGGUUCGAAGCCUGAGAUUCUCCUCGCGAUGAGCUGUUUGUGUAAAGGUGAUCGUGACGCCUUUCUUGUGUGCAACGGUUUCAAAGACGCGGAGUAUGUCUCGUUAGCCUUGCUUGGGAGGAAGCUCGAGCUGAACACUGUGAUUGUUCUCGAGCAAGAAGAGGAGCUUGAUUUGGUUAUUGAUUUGAGCAAGAAGAUGAACGUGAGGCCUGUGAUUGGGUUACGAGCCAAGCUGAGGACUAAACAUUCAGGUCACUUCGGUUCUACUUCUGGUGAGAAGGGGAAGUUUGGUCUGACAACGGUCCAGAUCAUUCGUGUGGUUAGGAAGCUUCGUGAUGUGUGUAUGCUUGACUGUCUCCAACUGCUUCAUUUUCACAUUGGUUCGCAGAUUCCAUCCACGGCUUUGCUUUCCGACGGUGUGUCCGAGGCUGCGCAGCUUUACUGUGAGCUUGUCCGUCUCGGUGCUCGUAUGGAAGUCAUUGACAUUGGUGGUGGGUUGGGGAUAGAUUACGACGGGUCUAAGUCUGGAGAGACUGAUCUCUCUGUUGCGUACAGUCUUGAGGAGUACGCUGCGGCUGUUGUGGCGUCUGUUAGGUUUGUUUGUGAUCAGAAGUCUGUGAAGCAUCCGGUGAUAUGCAGCGAGAGCGGUCGAGCCAUUGUCUCUCAUCACUCUGUGUUGAUCUUUGAAGCUGUCUCAGCUGGUAAACAACAUGAAACCACCCCGAGUGAUCUUCAGUUCUUGCUUGAAGGGUACUCAGAGGAAGCUCGUGGCGAUUACGAGAGUCUUUAUGGUGCUGCGAUGCGUGGUGAUGGUGAAAGCUGCUUGCUUUAUGUUGAUCAGCUGAAACAGAGAUGUGUUGAAGAGUUCAAAGAAGGUUCUUUGAGCAUUGAACAGUUAGCUGGUGUUGAUGGGUUAUGCGAGUGGGUGACUAAGGAGAUUGGCGCUUCGGAUCCUGUUCUUACGUACAAUGUCAAUCUAUCUGUUUUCACUUCGAUUCCUGAUUUCUGGGGGAUUGAUCAGCUGUUUCCAAUAGUUCCUAUCCAUAGGCUUGAUCAAAGGCCUGUGGCCAGAGGGAUCUUGUCUGAUUUGACUUGUGACAGCGACGGGAAGAUCGACAAGUUCAUAGGCGGAGAGUCGAGCUUGCCACUGCACGAGCUAGACAGCAAUGGCUGCAGCGGCGGGCGGUACUAUUUGGGAAUGUUCCUUGGUGGGGCUUAUGAGGAAGCUCUCGGUGGAGUCCACAAUCUGUUCGGAGGGCCAAGCGUUGUUCGGGUUUUGCAGAAGGACGGUCCUCAUGGGUUUGCAGUGACUCGUGCCAUGAUGGGCCAAUCUUCAGCGGAUGUCCUUAGAGCGAUGCAGCACGAGCCUGAGCUCAUGUUUCAGACUCUUAAACACCGAGCUGAAGAGUUGUCUUCUGUCCUCAAAGCUGGUGGUGAUAAGGGAAACGACAAACUAGUUGUUGCCUCAUGUCUUGCUCGUUCAUUCAACAACAUGCCUUAUCUUUCCGUGGGGACGUCCACAAACGCUCUCACCGCUGCGAUAAAUAAUAUAGCCAUUUACUACCGCGAUGAAGCAGCGGUUGGUGAUGGUGGCGGUUGCGGCAAGAAUGGAGAAUGGUUUUAUUCGGUGGACUGAGAGAGACGUGACGACAUCUAGUUCCUGUCUUUCUGUUUUUAAGUUGAAAAAUGUUUCUUUGUAAUAAGGCAAACUCUUAGCAAAUUUUAAUGAUUAUAAACUAGUGGUUAACCAUGUUAA